AUGUUUAAGCAAGGAACCCCGGCGCUGGCAGCGUCCGAAUCGCCCUCCGUGCAAGGAGAUCAACAGGUUGACCAGGCGAUAAGUUUCCAAACAAUUGUGCCAACGCCCGUGACUGUUAUGAGAGAUGUUUCUAACGGUGCGGGAUGGAAAUCGGGACCUGCGUUACAACAUGCUCUAGCAGGGCUGACGGUUUAUCAGAAUUUGCCUAAUGGAUCGAUGAUUGGGGUAGACGAUCUGACGAGGAUGAAGAUGGCGCUGAUCAGUGGCGUUAAUGAGGAAGUCACUUGGAGCUUGAAGAAGUACUUAGUUUAUAGCAACAAAGCGCCAUAUAUGGUGUCGCUUAAGAUGAAUAGAGAUCUUGUUGAGAAUUUUAACACGUUUGUUGUUGCGAUGCUGCCGAUUCUGGGGAGAUUUGAGUGGCCGCUUGUCGAGGCAGAUUUUUACCAGUUUGAACAAGGUUUGAACGCGAUCUUGAUUCUGCGUAACUUGGCGCAAGAUUCAGAUUCAACGCAGGUGUUGGCCACCAGUAAUACUCUGAAGGGCUUUUUAUUGUCGGUGUUGGAAAAUUGCAAUAAAUUCAAUGAACCAAGCCACGUAAUAUACCGGGAAAAUGCGUCCCUGUUUAUGGAGCUAUUAAACUAUGUCCUUGAUCUUGUAGAGGCAAUUUCAUCUUAUAUUGCGCCUGCAAAGAAGGAUGAUCCGUUUUUUCAGAACCUUGUGUCCAUUUUGCGUUUUACCAAGGACAGAUACCAGGUUAUUUCAAUUUUACGGUCAUUAUCUCGGCUGUUAGUUAGAUCUAAAGCAGACCAAGAAAGUGCAGCUGAUAAUCUUGAUGAUGAGAUAUUGAAUAUUAUUGUCUCUUACAUUUUGGUUGAUUGCGACAAUGAGUUGAUUACUGCAUCUUUAGAUUUCUUGUAUCAGUAUAUUUUGCCAGGUAACGAAAGGAUUACGACGCUACUUUCCAACCCAGAGCGGAACUGCAUCCUAACAUCGGCGCUACCUGCGCUGCUGACGUACAAUAUUGAGCUUCCGGAUUACGAUUAUCUGUCCAAUUUGGAGAUCAAACUUAUCAGAAGAGUUAAACCAAAGCCUCCUACUCAUGUGCCAACUUUACCAGACGAAAUCUUCACCAAGCUACUCGAGCUCAACGAGCCGAUGAGAUCGACGGCAUGGCUAAGAUGCUGUUUUGAGGCUGCUGCUGAAUCCGAAGUGACCCAAAUUUCCCUAUGGAAAAGCUAUGAACAUAUAUUCAACGAACCAGUCAAGCAAUCAGGGAGAAGACUGCUACCAGCUGUUGAAUUUAUAAAAAAUGUAUCCAAUGCAUUUGUUGGGGCCGCUGCAAUUGUUGUAACGGAUCCUGUAACCGCUCAAAAAAGGUUUGUGAUAAAAGGUAUACAACCAAGGAUGAAGGCCGUUAGCAUCGAAGAUGGGGAAGCAGCUGCAUUGUCAAGUACUUCUAACACACCUUCAAUUGGCAAUUAUAAUGGCGGAGAAAAUAAUAGAAGCAAAGAAAAUGAAAAUCCAGUGAAGCACAGCGAAGCUAAACAAAUUGUGCUCCCAAAGCUAAAGUUUCCUACAAAAUUAUCUGAUGUCUCAAAGGCAAGUGCUACCUUUUUGUGUUUACUAUCGAACGAUACACAUGGUCUGGGAUUGAAGUUUUGCAAUACUGUUAAGCCAAGCAUUAUGCAUAUGUUGGCUGAUGUUCCACCCUUGAGUUCUGUGCUCAGUGAAUUUAUGGACAACAUACCCACUAUAUAA